UGAUAUAAACUCUUGUAUCCCAUGACCCUGAAGAGGACAUGCUCGAUAGAGGAUGAGUACAUGGAUGUUAUCCAGAAACAAAAUGUUGUCACAACAUCCCAUUGGGGUGGGGCUUGAAAUAGUCCAUGUACUCACCAUGGUUGUUACCCUGAGGGACAGUGACAUUUGGUUUUAAACAACAUUGUUCCUGUCAUUAACACCCCAUCUUGUAUCUGGGAAAACUCAGCAGUCUCUUGCAGUCAUCAUAACCAGAUAGCUCAUCACUAUGGACAAAGUGGAACAAACAGGCAGAAUUUCUCCAUUCAGGAAAAAAAAAUACAUUACGGGAAAUUUUCCCAACAACAUAAGCAGGAUCCGACCAGAAGACAAGAAAAUUCUGGAUAAUUCCUGCAAAGCCGUAGUGAGACUUGAGCGUCUGAACCUGGUGUCUCUGGUGCGACAUCUAUGCCAAAACCAAGCGGAGUUCUCCGAAGAAUGCUUGGAUUGUUCUUGGCGGGAUGACAUCAACCAAAAUGCAUCCAACAUUGUGGCGGUCCAAGAGACAGAGGCUGAGCCAGACACCUUCUUCUUGGAUCCCGACCGGAGGCUGAUCACUGUGCUUCAGCCGCAGCCAGAAGAUCUGAUAUACUAUUCCAAAUGUGAAGAACCAUUUCCAACCCGGGAAGGGGUCCAAAACUGCACAGGCGAGCGUCAGGAGAUGGAAAGUGAAGACUUCUGUGCAGUGUGUCUGAAUGGAGGAGAUUUGCUGUGCUGUGAUCUUUGUCCCAAGGUUUACCACUUGGCCUGUCACCUUCCUUCGCUGCUCAGCCUUCCAACGGGUGAUUGGGCAUGUAGUUUGUGCAGGACUGAUAAUCCAGGCAGGCUCUCCCACUGCGAAAAAGUCGAUGCACCCUACGCUCUGUCUGACUGUGACCAGGGGAGAUGUGAGAAGUUAACAUUACUGCUGUACGUUCACCCCCAAAGCGCUCCUUUCCAUGAGCCUGUUAGCCACCUGGUGAAGAACUACUACCAGGUGAUUAGGAGGCCAGUGGACCUGUCGCUGAUCCGCAGGAAGCUGGAUAAGAGCAACACUCUACACUAUUUCAUGCCAGAGCACUUUGUCCACGAUGUCCUGCUUAUGCUCAAGAACUGUGCUACCUUCAACUAUCCAGACUCGGAGGUUGCCCGGGCCGGUCGAAACCUGGAGGUGUUUUUCCUGAGCAAACUGAGGGAGAUCUUCCCCGACAGGAGGUUCCCGUCGGCCUGCCGCGACAGGAUGGAGCGAGCUCGCCUGUGGUGGCGCCGUGAGGAAGAGGAGGGUGGAAGAAGGAGGAAGAGAUGCUUUCUCACUGGCAAAAAAUCUAAACGUUAGGAAGAUUGAUAACCAAUAAAAUUAACAUUGCUUCUAACAUACAAGUAAGAUCACUUGUCACAAAUAGAGACAAAAUAGACAUUCUGGUAGAGAAAAUGCACUGAUAAGGCCAAUCUGUAAACUUUGGAUUUC